AUGGCGAAAAGGAUUGCGCAAAGUUCCGUAAACUGGGCCGCCUUGGCCGAGAGGGUCCCAGCCGACCAGAAGGUGCACCUUGCUGCUUUCAAGAUCAGAUCGGACUCUUACCUCCGAAGGGUCUUGGCUAACCCUCCUGAGCCACCGAAGAUCAACUGGACUGUUUACAAAAAUGUUGUCCCCGUGGCAGGAAUGGUUGACAAGUUCCAGAAACAGUAUGAGGCGUUGACUAUCCCGUACCCAGCUGACACUCAGACUGCUCAGGUGGAGGCCCAGUGGACUGAAGUCAAGAAGGCCAUCGAGGCUUUCGUUAGCGAAUCUAACAAGAACAUUACAAGCUAUGAAAAACAAAUAAACGAGAUCAAGGCUCUGCUGCCAUACAACCAAAUGACGAUGGAAGACUACCGUGAUGCUCAUCCAGAGACUGCUUUGGACCCGAUCAACAAACCCACCUUCUGGCCACACACCCCUGAUGAGCAGCUGGACUAUGUUGACCCUGACAAGCCCGCUCACUCUGGUUCACCCUCUUAUAAAAAGUCAGAAACUGCUAUGCAGAUAGUAUGUGGUAAGAGAGCAGAGUGCAUUGAGGUGCGUCGAGAUCGCAUUCUGAAAGAGAUUGAAAACCCCAACUUACGUCUUACACUGCAGAACAUUCCCCCUAGUCAAGAAUAUCUGUUUAGCCGAGAGGCCUUGCAACCGGUUAUAGCUUCUCUGGGAGGAUCUCAAAUGUGGCUAAAUACUCCGUCUUAUGUUAGAGAGAAGAAAUCAUAUAAUAUAGCACAAUCUCAGUACAGGAAACCUCACAAAACUCACAGUAGAGACUAUAAAACUCAUACCAAGAAUUAUAAGUUACAAAAUAAGGAUUAUAAGUCACAGAAUAAACAAAACUUUAAAUAUAAAAGUAGUCAGCCCUUUCGUAAAGGCUAUUCAAAUACCAACCAAGCCAAUAAAAAACCGAGUUGA